AUGGCGACAACAGGUUUGCCCACGGCUGUUCCCCACAUCGGUGAUGUUGCACCCCUGAACAGCACGGCAGAUGCUCCACCGCGAACCUCCACCGACACGGGCAUGCGAUGCCCUGAUCCUUCGGCGCAUGUUCGUCAGUCUCACAGUAAUGCUUUGCAAAACCAGGCGUCGACUGCGGCCUUGUACAGUACAAGACCGGCCAACGAGCAGCAGAGAAUCAACCCGCUCGGACCGGACGGAAAGCUUUCGUCAGCAAGCGCUGCAGCCAGCCUGAAAUACGCAAAGGCAAGCGAUCUUCCUAGCUUCCCAGUCGUUGGCAUCGACACCUCUUCCUCGGCUGGAGCAGCUGCGCUACUUGCAAACCAAAACAAGAAGAGCCCAGAGUGGUGGAAACCAGAGCAAUCGUCUACCGCUGGCAAAGCCGCGCUGUUGGCAAACAAUUACAAGAUGAAGCCUUUAUGGCAACCAGAAGCAAGCGCUGCGGGCUCCAAGGCAGCACUUCUUGCCCACCGAGAUGGCGUCAAACUAAACCUGUGGCAGCCCGAAGCCAGCGCGGAUGGCAACUCAGCAGCCAACAUUGCCAUGCGCAAGACGGGUUUGGGCCCUCAAAUCGACUAUGGCUACACCGAGGACGGCAGGAAGAAGGCAUUGGUAGCAGCUACUGGGGCCCACUCAGCAGCCGGUCGCAAGCGCGCGCAGUCCAUUCCCAUGUCUGUUCCACUUUACCCUGACUCAAAGAACUCUGCCAAGAAUGCACUGAAUGCCGCCACGGUAGCUCACAGCCCGUCGAUGAGAGCCUCGAAGGCACCAGCGGUGCAGCUCCAGGACUCGAACCGACUUGGAUCUGGCGCAAUGGAGGCAGCAAGGAUUCAGCAUGCUAGGAGCGCCAGGGAGAUGUACACGAGUGCUCCACCUGUUGCACUGGAAGUCGAGGAGAAGAAUCGGAACGACGCGCUUCGAGCUUCAGCCAUUGUCAUGGCCAAGAAAAUGUACGAUAUCCAGCAGCAACACAUUGAAGGAGCUUCUGGACGCUCCGGUGUAUCUGCAGCUCGCACAGGUGCUACUGCUGCCCACGGUCAACAGCCUGCUACUAGCGAGGCGGAUAUCAAGCAACAAGCUAUGCAGUAUAUUGGGAUCCAGGAAGCUGCACAGAAGCUGGCGCAGGAGCGACUGGCCAAGAUUGGCUAUGACGAGAACGCGGCUUACCGAAGUUACUAUGGCUACGACAAGCAAAGCCGUUCUAAACUCUCCAUGCGUCGGGGAAGACCUCGCGCUCGCAGCACUUCUGAAGCUCCUCCACAGGACAGCGACUCUGACGAAGACGACUUCCGUUCCAGACGCAUCCGCAAUCAAAUGAAGCGGUUCAAUGAGCAACUGGCUGACGUUGAUGCGAGGAAGCGCGACCAGGACCGCAAGGGUCUGAUUGCUGCAGCGGAACGUAAGGUGCAAGCGCAGAUGCAGGGCCUUGACAAGGAUAUCUAUAAUAAGACAGGCAAGAUGUCGAACUCCAUGAUGGAUGAUUGGGAUGAAAAAGCCCGCCAGCGGGCCCUCGCAAACUCUGAAGCUCGCAUGGAAAAUCACGGCAGGGUCAUGAUAGGUAACGGAAAGUGGAUGGAUCAGGCCGAGAUCGAUGCCAUUGCGCAAGCCAGGCUCCAACCGACCCUUGACGAGAUUACUGAGAAGGCUGAGAAACGAAGAGCUGAAGAUGCCGAGAGGCAGUCCGAGCUGGAGAAGAAGCAGCGGAAGGAGCAAGAGGAAAAGGCGCGUCUCGCAGAGAUCAAGAACGAAGAACGCAGAGGCAAAGAUGAAGAGAAGAGAGCAGCAAAGGCUCGCAAUGCAGAAGAAAAGGCAGCUGCAAAGCAAGCGAAGGACGCCGAGAAGACCAGGAAAGCCGAGGAGGACCGUCUGGUCAAGGAAGAGCAGCGCAAAUCCAAGGAGGCUUCUCGUGCGGCGCCUACUGCUAGACCUGCUUUGGGAACUACUGUCGUCGCCACUCCCACCGCCGCAGUUCCGGCCACGGCUGCCGCUGCUACUGACGCGAACAAUGAUCUGUAUGAAGAGCCUACCGCUCCUACGGGACUCUCUAACAUCACCGUGCCAACACAAGACUCCACCGUCAUGGCCCCUGCUUCGACCGACCCUACAUCGCCCACCUCACCAAACUCAUCUAAGGGUCUCAAGUCCAUCUUAAACAAGCUGAAGCGCCGCUCUAAGCACGACUCGGCUGUCACUACUGGUGCUGAGGGCAAGACCACAGAGAGGGACAACACUGGCUUCAUUGGUGGGGCCUCCCUACGCGCAUCCGAGUCCAAGUCUCACUCAUUGACGACACCAUCAACUUCUCAUGCUGAAGCAAGUUCCACAACUCGUCCAACUGACUUGGGCGAUGUUGAGCCUACAGUUGUACCUCACGUCAAAGAUGACGGCUACUCGGAUAUCUCAUCGCUCAGCAGCGACGAUGAAGAGAUGACAAGGGGUCGUCCCCGCCCCGCACGUCUUCUGAGCGACGACACCAGGGCUUCCUCAGACUUUGAGGAAGCAAGGGACCACUUUGAUCAAGACCUGGCUCCUCCUCCAACAUUCACGAGUGAAGUAGACAAGGGCCGUCUCAGCAGCCCAGUUCGUGACUCGAAGUUCCAUGAAGUCGGUAUCUAA